UUGAAACGGCCAUAAUGUAGGCACCGAGGCUGCACAGUUUGACCCCUACAUACAUCCUCUGACAUUGGGGUCAAAUAUCUUAUCUCAUCCUUCUGCGGUUUCCUUUUCUUUCUCUUUCUCUCCACUCUCCACUCUCCACUCUCCACUUUGGAGUUCUCAAUCAAGAUCUCUUCUCAAAAUGCUUUUUCCCUUUCUCCUCACAUUCAGUCAAUCAGGCAUCGACCACGACCGUAUUUCCUUCGGCGCAGGAUUCGGUCUACCUAGUAUUUUCACCUACUCUCCAUGUGGAACAACAUUCCCUCAAUGGCUCACUCAAUGGAGGUACAAUGAUCGUGAAAACACCAUUCGAAAAAUCAUCUGCGUGACUGGAUUAUUACUUCACAUUCUGUUGAAUCUAUUUUAUAUCACGGGAUGGGGAAGCUUAUGGAUUCUGUGGGGAAUUCUAAGUGCCUCGUUUAAUUUUUGGUUUGUGUGUAUUGGGUUUUGGUGGUUGAAUAUUAUGAGAGGAGAGAGGUAGGUUUAUGGGAGAAGAGCAACAAGACAACACUUCGAUAUGAUCAUAGCGUUUCUCCUCGUCGUAUUUACCUUCUCAUUUAUUCUAAAAUCAAUCACGGGAUUGAAUUCGCGUGGAGCGAUUUAUUUCUUUAAUGAUUGGUGGUCGCCUCUUUGGGGAUUGGCGGAUAUGUUGUGUCCACUUGCUGGAUGGGUUAGUACUUGGGAAGGAAUUGGAGUGGUCAAUUUGGCAUAGAGCGUGGAUGUUAUCUAGGGGGGUGGGGCAUGGAUUCCGGAAACUAGGACUCUUGGCUCGUCUGAAGUCUGGACUUUUACCGUGAAGAGUGGAUCACGAAAAUAGAAUUGACUGAAUCUAGGAUUGCAAAUGACU